UAUGAUCAUAGAGUAAAUAAAUAAAUAGAAAAAAAACCUAUGAACAUAUAUGGAGUAAUCUUUUUUUAAACAGUACAAUCACUAAUUGGAGAAAAUAAAAUCUAUUAUAUGCCCUGAAUGUCAAAAUAUUUUGUUUACAUCCCAACAAUGCUUCCCCCCCAAAAAAAGAAAAAGAGAAAAACAGCCAAAAAAACCCAAAAACAAAACAAACCAAAAUAAUAAUAUUAACAAAUAAAAAUUAAUAAUAAUAGAAAAUAAAAUAAUAUGAACAUAUAUAUUAAAAUAAAUAAAUAGAAAAAAAACUAUAAACAUAUAUGGAGUAAUCUUUUUUUUAAACAGUACAAUCACUAAUUGGAGAAAAUAAAAUAUAUUGUCUGCCCUGAAUGUCAAAAUAUUAUUUUGUUUAUAUCCCAACAAUCCUUCCCCCCCACAAAAGAAAGAGAAAAACAGCAAAAAAACCAAAAACAAAACAAAAUAAUAAUAUUAACAAAGAAAAAAAGUACAAAUAAAAUAAAAUAAUAUAGUAAAUAAAUAAAUAGAAAAAAAACAUAUAAACAUAUAUGGAGUAAUCUUUUUUUAAACAGUACAAUCACUAAUUGGGGAAAAUAAAAUCUAUUGUCUGCCCUGAAUGUCAAAAUAUUAUUAUUGGGGGCGGCAUGGCGUAGUGGGUAGAGCGGCCGUGCCAGAAAACCUGAGGCUUGCAGGUUCGCUCCCCGCCUCUUGACAUCCAAAUCGCUGUCAUUGUGUCCUUGGGCAGGACACUUCACCCUUGCCCCCGGUGCCGCUCACACUGGUGAAUGAAUGAUGAAUGAAUGAUAAAUGGUGGUCGGAGGGACCGUAGGCACAAACUGGCAGCCUCGCUUCCGUCAGCCUACCCCAGGUCAGCUGUGGCUACAAAUGUAGCUUACCACCACCAGGUGUGAAUGAAUGAUGGGUUCACACUUCUCUGUGAGCGCUUUGAGUAUCUAAUAACAGAAAAGCGCUAUAUAAAAUCUAAUCCAUUAUUAUUAUUAUUAUUAUUAGUGGCCAAGACAUGGGUAACUUACACAUCUGUGAAGGCACCAUUAAUGCUGAAAGGUACAUACAGCUUUUGGAGCAACAUAUGUUGCCAUCCAAGCAACAUUAUCAUGGACGCCCCUGCUUAUUUCAGCAAGACAAUGCCAAGCCACGUGUUACAUAGUAAAAGAGUGCGGGUACUAGACUGGCCUGCCUGUAGUCCAGACAUAGAAAAUGUGUGGUGCAAUAUGAAGGCUAAAAUAUGAUAAGGGAGACUGUUGAACAACUUAUGCUGUACAUCAAGCAAGAAUGGGAAAGAAUUCCACUUCAAAAAUGUGUCUCCUCAGUUCCCAAACCUUUACUGAGUGUUGUUAAAAGGAAAGGCCAUUUAACACAGUGGUAAAAAUGCCCCUCUGACAACUUUUUUGCAAUGUGUUGCUGCCAUUAAAUUCCAAGUUCAUGAUUAUUUGCAACAACAAAAAAGAAGUUUCUUAGUGUGAACAUGAAAUAUCUUGUCCGUAGGUGUGACACCCUGCACUGGAUGGAAGAAAAGGUUGAGGUGUGCAGAUGGAAGGAGGUUUGAGGCGAGGGACUAGAAAGAUGUCCAAAGAAGGGAAAGUCACACACCUCCACCAUGCUUGUCAGCCUCCCCCCGUCUCCCUCCUGCCUUCAGGACGUCUCCACUUCCUCUUGCCCCCGUCCUCCCCAAAGGCAGCCCACACCACCCCCGCAUCCCUGGUGGAGGCUGCUGCUGCCCUUCCUGCUCCUCUCCCUGCUCCUGCAGCCCGUCUGCGGGGCUCGCAGGGCCGGCGGUCCGGGCGCAGGGUCAGGAGGCGCCCACGGAGGGCCGGGCGGCCCCAAGCGAGGCGCGGCCAUCCCCCCUCAGUACUCUCCCGGACCCCAAGCUCUCCCGCCCAUCAGCCCCAAACUCAUCAGCUCCCUCAGCAUCGCCGUCAUCUUGGUCGGGAACUCUAGUGAACUGGCCAUGGGGGCGGGGCUGGAGAAAGAAGACUUCCUGCACAUCCCCUACCCGCCCAAGGUGGAGGUGGUCACCAUGAACGAGACGGAUCCAAAGAGCAUCAUCCAUCAGAUCUGCACGCAGAUGACGAGGAACUCGCUGCAGGGCGUGGUUUUUGGGGACGACACGGACCAUGAGGCCAUUGCUCAGAUCCUGGACUUCAUCUCGGCGCAGACUCACAUCCCCAUCCUGGGCAUCAGAGGAGGAUCUUCCAUGGUCAUGGCAGCUAAGGACGACAACUCCAUGUUUUUCCAGUUCGGUCCGUCCAUCGAGCAGCAGGCCUCCGUCAUGUUGAACAUCAUGGAGGAGUACGACUGGUACAUCUUCUCCAUCGUCACCACCUACUACCCCGGCUACCAGGACUUUGUCAACAAGGUCCGCAGCACCAUUGACAACAGCUUUGUGGGCUGGGAGCUGGAGGAAGUCCUCCUGCUGGACAUGUCCGUGGACGACGGAGACUCCAAGAUCCAGAACCAGCUGAAGAAACUGCAGAGUCCGGUCAUCCUGCUCUACUGCACCAAGGAGGAGGCCGCCACCAUCUUCGAGGUAGCUCACUCCGUGGGCCUCACAGGGUACGGCUUCACCUGGAUCAUACCCUCGCUGGUGGCCGGAGACGUGGACAACGUGCCCGCCGUUUUCCCCACAGGGCUCAUCUCUGUGUCGUACGACGAGUGGGAUUACAACAUCGAGGCCAGGGUGCGCGACGCGGUCGCCGUCAUCGCCACGGCAACAUCCACCAUGAUUCUGGACCGGGGGCCCCACACCUUGUCGAAGUCCAGCUGCGUCGGCACCCCCGACAAGAAGACCGGCCACUCCAAAGAAAUACUCAGGUACAUCAUGAACGUGACAUUUGAAGGCCGUAACCUGUCCUUCAGCGAGGAGGGCCACCAGAUCUUCCCCAAACUGGUCAUCAUCCUUCUGGACAAGGACAGACAAUGGGACAGGGUGGGCAAGUGGGAGAAGGGCUCUCUGGCCAUGAAGUACCACGUGUGGCCUCGAUUCGAGAUCUUCACCCCGGCGGAGGAUCACGAGGACCACCUGUCCAUCGUCACGCUGGAGGAGGCGCCCUUCGUCAUCGUGGAGGAUGUGGACCCGCUGAGCGGCACCUGCAUGAGGAACACCGUGCCUUGCCGGAAGCAACUGAAACUCAAAAACCAAACGCGCGACUCGGGCAUCUACAUCAAGCGCUGCUGCAAGGGCUUCUGCAUCGACAUCCUGAAGAAGAUCGCCAAGUCGGUGAAGUUCACCUACGACCUCUACCUGGUCACCAACGGCAAACACGGCAAGAAGGUCAACGGGACGUGGAACGGCAUGGUGGGGGAGGUGGUGCUGAAGAACGCUCACAUGGCGGUUGGCUCGCUCACCAUCAACGAGGAGAGGUCGGAGGUCAUCGACUUCUCGGUGCCGUUCAUCGAGACGGGCAUCAGCGUCAUGGUCUCCCGCAGCAACGGCACCGUGUCGCCCUCCGCCUUCUUAGAGCCCUUCAGUGCCGACGUGUGGGUGAUGAUGUUCGUCAUGCUGCUGAUUGUGUCCGCCGUGGCCGUGUUCGUGUUCGAGUACUUCAGCCCGGUGGGUUACAACCGCUGCCUGGCGGACGGCAGAGAGCCCGGCGGUCCCUCCUUCACCAUCGGAAAGGCCAUCUGGCUGCUCUGGGGUCUGGUCUUCAACAACUCCGUCCCCGUGCAGAAUCCCAAAGGUACCACCAGCAAGAUCAUGGUGUCCGUCUGGGCCUUCUUCGCCGUCAUCUUCCUGGCGUCCUACACGGCCAACCUGGCAGCCUUCAUGAUCCAGGAGGAGUACGUGGACCAGGUGUCGGGCCUGUCAGACAAAAAGUUCCAGAAGCCUAACGAGUUCUCGCCGCCGUUCCGCUUCGGCACGGUGCCCAACGGGAGCACAGAGCGCAACAUCCGGAACAACUACCGGGACAUGCACGCCUACAUGACCAGCUUCCACCAGAAGAACGUGGACGAGGCCCUGUAUAGUCUCAAGUCCGGCAAACUGGACGCCUUCAUCUACGACGCUGCGGUGCUCAACUACAUGGCGGGCAGGGACGAGGGCUGCAAGCUGGUCACCAUCGGCAGCGGCAAAGUGUUUGCCUCCACGGGCUACGGCAUCGCCAUCCAGAAGGACUCGGGCUGGAAACGUGCUGUGGACCUGGCUAUCCUCAUGCUGUUUGGAGACGGUGAGAUGGAGGAGUUUGAGGCCUUAUGGCUGACAGGUAUCUGCCACAACGAGAAGAACGAGGUGAUGAGCAGUCAGCUGGAUGUGGACAACAUGGCGGGGGUCUUCUACAUGCUGGCGGCGGCCAUGGUUCUGUCAUUGAUCACCUUCAUCUGUGAACACUUGUUCUACUGGCAGCUGCGCUUCUGCUUCAUGGGCGUGUGUUCUGGCACGCCCGGCUUCACCUUCUCCAUAAGCAGGGGUAUCUACAGCUGUAUCCACGGAGUCCAAAUUGAAGAAAACAAGUCCACCAUAGACUCUCCUUCAUCGAGCAUAAAGAAGAACAUGAACAACACCCACUCGAACAUCUUGCGGUUGCUCCGCACUGCCAAAGACAUGACUGCAGUGCCGGGCAUUAAUGGUUCUCCGCACGCGGCCCUGGAAUACAACCAUAGCGGUCGUGAAUCGGCCAUUUAUGACAUUCAGGAGCAUCGGCGCAGUCUCGUGGGGCACCCUGCAGACUGUAAGUCCGCACCGCCCUACUUGCAAGAGGACAACAUGUUCACUGACUACAUCAGCGAGGUGGAAAGAACUUUUGGGAACUUACCCCUGAAGGACAACAACUUGUACCAGGACCCUUACCGGCACCACCACCCAGUCUCGGCUUUGGGUAUGUCCGGCCCCCCACCUAAUAGGCCGCGUAGCUUAGGCAGCGCUAGCUCGUUGGAAGGGGGCAUGUUCGAUUGCGAAAGUCUGGGGGGAGGAGUAGCACCCAUCUUUACCACACAGCCCCGCCCCUCCGUGACUCACAGGAAUACCAAUAAGUUUGACCUGAUUGCAGGUCACCCAUCUGCAGAUUCCAACCAGGUUGGGUUCAAGGGAAGCAAUGUGUAUGGGAGGUUUUCAUUCAAAGGAGGCGCAUCCAGCACAGGGCUCAUCGGGGGUCCCGAGAGGUACGGUGGGGGCGGGGGAGUCUCAGGGGGCGACGAUGGAAACAUUCGCUCUGACGCGUCGGAUAUCUCCACUCACACCGUCACCUACGGCAACUUGGAGGGCAACGCCAAGCGGCAUAAACAGUACAGGGACAGCCUGAAAAAGAGGCCGGCCUCGGCCAAAUGCAGACGGGAGCAGGACGAGGUAGAGCUGAGCGGCUUCAGGAGGAGACCCCACCACCACACCGUCCACCACCACUUCCCCCAUGGACCCCUGGCGCACCGCACCGUCUCACCUUCACUGGAGUGGAAGCGAGUUGGGGGCAACUCACCUUAUUUAUUCCGCAAAGACAAAGAGAACUUGAGGGAAUUCUACGCGGACCAAUUCCGCUCUAAGGAGGGCCAGUGGGAGCAGGAGGGUGGAAGUGGAGGAAGUGGUGUGGGCGUCGGUAGCGGUGGUGGUAUCUGUAAAAGCUUAGUUCCGGUUGAAGACUUUCUCAAAGGUAAAGUAAAGAAGCAGGAGUCUAAAGGUGGGUCAGUGUCAGCAGGUCAGCAGGCCCACACCUGCUGGGAGAAAGCAGUUUCUGGACUCGGAGGAGGCGGCAUAGCAGGAGGUGACUGGGAGUGUCGUAACUGCCACAGCGUGUGUCACCACGCUGGAGGGGUAGGAAGCACGUGUCCGGCUAGCGGGGUCGGGGGGACCUGCAGUCGCCCAAGCUCUGCCAGUUGCAAACGCUGUGACUCUUGUAAGAUUCAGCCCAGCAACCUUUACAACAUCAGCGAGGACAACAACAUAAUGUUCUCUGGAGGGAAGAGUAACAUAGGUGGGGGUCAAACACAAACUCAGGCACAGCGCAGGAAGCUUGGGCCAGGUGGGAGGGUCUUAAGGAGACAGCACUCUUAUGACACAUUUGUGGACCUGCAGAGAGAGGGUUCGGGCCGUAAGGGAGGGGUAGGCGGGGGUGCCGGGGGCCAGUUUGCCCAGCCCCGAAGCGUUAGCCUGAAAGACAAAGACCGUUCCAUGGAGGGCCCCAGUCCUUACGCUCAUAUGUUUGAGAGGUACGCAGGGGAAAGGGAGCCUUCCAUGUUUGGAGGAAUAGGCGGAGACAGGGCAAAAGGAGGCUCUUCCUUUAGUUUGUUUCGUGGCGGCGAAGGUGGGUUGCAUCGGCGCUCGGUAGGCGAACGCGACCUAAGAGACAGGGAUAGGGCAAUGAUGGGAGGGAGCAGAGGCGCCGGGACUUACUCCUUGUCUAAAUCUCUCUACCCAGAUAAGGUGAACCAGAACCCCUUCAUCCCAACCUUCGGCGAUGACCAGUGUCUUUUACACGGUGCCAAACCCUACUACAUCAAAAAGCCACAGACGCAGCAACAACAGCAGCAGCAGCUACUCAACAACAGCCGAGGAGGAGGGGACUUCCGGGGCUCCAUGGGCGCCGCUUCUUAUUUGCCCGCCUCAGCCACGGCUGGGGUUAUGUCCAACGUAUCCCCGAGGUUCCCCAAAGAUCUGUGCCUGGGCGGGAUGGGCAACCACUUGGGAGCCAACAAGCUCAUGCCCGGGGGCCGGGACACGUUAGGUUUGGGGCCGAGACAAUUCAACGGUGCCAGCAACGGACACGUCUACGAAAAGCUCUCCAGCAUAGAGUCGGACGUCUGAGAGAAGAAGUGACCGUGAGAAGCGGGCGAAGACGAGAAAUGAGAAAGACAUUCCUUGAAGAAAAACAGGGCAAUGUCCUCCUGGCGCGAAGAGACGGUGAAGACAUUGGCGGGGUUUGUUGUCACGCCACUGAACGGAACAGUUUGACCGGGUCCGCCCGGUGGACGGCAAGUUUAUUUUUCUUACCAAGGAGGAUUGUGGUGCUGGGAAAGAGGUAGGGACAGACCGGGCUGUCGUUGUAAGCUCUUUGUUCCGAAUCACGUUUUCUCCCGUGAGGGUAAUACAAUCAACACUGCUGAAGUAACAGGGUAAAUGAGUGUCAAUAUUAUUAUUACUCAAGUGCUUCGAGAUGAUUGCUUUCUCAAUAUGAUUUAGUCGUGUUUGUGCGAUGCUAAUUGUUUCUUAGCUCACCCAUUUGACGGGAGACUCGUGGACCACCUCUCAUUGUUUCGGGACUUCUGUCAUUUUGGAUUCUUCUUUGCAAUUAAUUCUACCUUCACGUUUGAUUUGUUUCUUUUCACUUUUUCAACGUUUGGAGUAUCGUGAUGUGUACGUGGCAAAAAGGCAUGACUUGCUGAGUACAAGGUACUUAAUGGCGUACUUUUUCAAAGGUCUUUUUCAGCUGCACGAGCAUCGUCGUCGCGCCGAUUCGCCCUACCUUCUCGUUGAUUUCGGGGGGGUGUUUUUUGUCCUCACAUUUCAAGCUGGAUGUGCCUUAAGGAAUUAGCGCUUCACCUGCAGCCAGUUUGUUCCAAUGUCAGGGCAAAACAUCUGCUGGAGUUUUCCUCAGUGGGGAGUUCAAACAAACGUCCAGAAAAUCCGGAUUAAACGGAGAAAGCGAGAGAUAGACAGGAAGCUCUGAUUUUUUUUUGGUUUCAGAAUAAAACAGUUCAGCCACCGUGCCACAGCUGUAACAACUUCCUCUUUACAAAGUGACAUCUCUAAAACUCACCUGGGCAUAGACGAUCACCUGCUUGUUGCUUUUAUUGCUUUUUCACUCGAUUGGCCGUGAGGCACUCGUUAAUUUUUUCCGUAAUUAAGGAAUAUUGAAUAUGCAAUAUGUCUGCCGUGUUAGGGGUCACAUUCCAGUGCGCAAAUGAUAACGUUUAUAUCAGGGCUGUCGUGGCUGAGCCAUAACGACCGUUAAUAUUUGAUUUUCUUCACAACGCGGCUCUCGUGUUACCUGCUAUUUUAAAGAAAAGCUUCCCUUUUUUGAGCAAUCGAAACACACGCAAGCAGAGUUUUGACAGGGGUGUCCAAACUACGGCCCUAUGGCCAUCUGAUAAACAAUGUUGCUUGGAGUGGGUUGUUCAUAUAAUAUAUAAAUAGUCAGCUGUUCAGUUACGGAAGUAACUCAAGUCAGCGGCCAUUACUUGUACAUCAAUGUGAAUACAUGCACAGCAUUCACUUAUAUGACCCAAUCUAAACAACCUUCCCUAGUCAUGGUGCUGGAAAUUCAACAGACAUGGUCACACACAACACAUCCUGCUAAUUGAACUUUUUUGGAUUAUUAAAAAUGUCCAGUCAGCAUAGAAAAAUCCAAAUGACACCCAUUUAAAUAAAUUACAAGGGAUGAUGGGAAAUAUGCAAAACACCCUCCACACUUAUUCAUGUUAGUAACUCAAGUUACUGGCCAUUAUUGUACAUCAAUAAAUUCACAUGCACAGCACACACUUAUAUGACCCAAUCUAAACAACCUUCCCUAGUCAUGGUGCAGAAAAAAAAAAAUCCACCAGCACAAAAAUUCAACAAACAUGGUCACACACAAUACAUCCUGCUAAUUGAACUUUGUGGAUUAUUAAAAACGUCCAAUCAACAUUAAAAACAUCUAAUUUACACCCAUUACAAGGGAUAAUGGGAAAUAUGCAAAACACCCUCCACAAUUAUCCAUGUUUGGAAUGCAAGUUACUGGCCAUUAUUGUACAUCAAUAAUUUCACAUGCACAGCAUUCACUUAUAUGACCCAAUCUAAACAACCUUCCCUAGUCAUUAUGCUGGAAAAAAAAUUCCACCAGCCCAAAAAUUCAACAAACAUGGUCACACACAACACAUCCUGCUCAUUGAACUUUUUUGGAUUAUUAAAAACGUCCAAUCAGCAUAGAAAAAUCUAAAUGACACCCAUUUAAAUAAAUUACAAGGGAUGAUGGGAAAUAUGCAAAACACCCUCCACACUUAUUCAUGUUAGUAACUCAGGUUACUGGCCAUUAUUGUACAUCAAUAAAUUCACAUGCACAGCACACACUUAUAUGACCCAAUCUAAACAACCUUCCCUAGUCAUGGUGCAGGAAAAAAAAAAUUCCACCAGCACAAAAAUUCAACAAACAUGGUCACACACAAUACAUCCUGAUUUGUGGGUUAUUAAAAACGUCCAAUCAGCAUAAAAAAAUAAAAAAAAAAUCUAAAUUACACCCAUUUAAAUCAAUUACAAGGGAUGAUGGGAAAUAUGCAAAACACUCUCCACAUUUAUACAUGUUUGGCGCAUUUUAGCAGCUUGAUUUGUCUGAUUAAUUUAAAAAAACACUUUAAGAAGGUCUUCACGGAAGUAAACAAGGUCUGGGUCGAAUUUUCACAUAC